AAUUUCAUUUGUUUUAGCUUCUUCUGGACAUUGAAGUUUGAUUAACAUAAGCUAUCUAUUUGGUUGUGACAUAUGAUUCCAAAUAAACAUCUGUCUGGUUGUGACAACUGAUUGCAAUUAAGUAUCAUUCAGUCUGUGACAUUUCAUUGCCAAUAACUAUUUGGUUGUUAUAUUUGUUUGCUAAUAACCAUCUGUCUGCUUUUUAUUGUUCACUGAAUUGAUCGAUCAACCGUCUAUUGAACAUCAUGUGGAUCGAAUUGACUUUCGUAUUGGCGCUGACGUUGUCCAGUUUACCCCAGAUCUUGACCGGGCCCACGUCGUUGUCCAGUGUCAAGGCCCUGACAAGGGCGUCCAACCAGUUUUCCCAAAAGCUGUACGCCCAAGUGGCACUGAACCGAUCUAUAUCUGUGUACUCUCCCUUCAGCCUUCACGCUUGCUUGAGCAUGGCCUACCUUGGGGCUAGGACGUCAACCGCUGACCAAAUGAAGAGGACCCUCCAGGUAAGACUGUAUACACUCGACUGACCUGUACACGGUCAAGUAUAUUUCUUCACAUAAACUCCCCACAUUAAAUAUUCUCAAAAAUCAUUUCGCAUCAUAAGUAAUAUUUAUUUAUGAUAGUAAUCUGAAGAGUCAUAAGUAAUCUGAGGAAAUCACAAGUUAUCUGAUAUAAUCAUAAGCAGUCUGAGAUAAUCAUAAAAUAUCUGAGAUACUCAUAAGUAAUAUGAGAUAAGCAUAAGUAAUCUGAAAUAAUCAUAAGAUGUCAGAGAUUAUAAUAAUUUAUCUCAACAAAUCAUAAGUACCAUGAAAUAAUCAUAAGUUAUCUGUGAUUAUCAUAAGUUAUUUGAGAAAAUCAUAAGUUAUCUGAGAUAAGCAUGUGAUAAAUUUAGCAUCAAGAGCCAGUGCAAGCACUUUAAACAUAAAUGUUGCACAUGCAUACCUUUGUGUUUGUGGCGAAAAGUUAAAUGUUGUUUUUUUGUUUAAUAAACACAUUUUAUGUAAAUGAAAUUAUUGUUAACCUAUACACAUCUGUACUUUCUUAUACAACUCGCUACAAUCACUGACUGGUUGCCGAAUCAAAAAGUCACUAUAUACAAAAAGUCGUGAAUGUAUAGCAGGUCUUUUCAAAUGCUAAUUGUUUCACUAAUUCUUCUCUCCAAACAUUAAUUGUAUGCUCCGUUUCUUGUCCCACCAAAUACUAGCUGCCGCACAUUUAAUUUCCACAAACUACUAGUUGUCCCACAAAUAAAUCACACAACCUACUGGUUUCCCCACAAAUGCUUCACUACGAAAUUAAAGCCCUAUUAAUUAGUCCAUACAAAUAUUCUUUCAAGUUAAUUUUCAAUCCAAAUAAUAUUUGCCCCAUUAAAAAUUCCAAAUAAAGACUACUUACCGUAUUAAUUAAUUCCCACCAAACUCUAGUUUCCCUCUAAAUAAGUCCCACUAAACACAAGUAGCCCUCUAGAUAAGUCCCACCAAACACAAGUUACCCAUAUUUAAUAACUUUCUCCGAACAUUGGUAGCCGACCUACUAAAUCAUACCAAAUCAUAGUUUUCUCAUUAAUGUUUCCCUCUAAAAAACUAGCUACGCAUAAUUCUAUUAUCUCAGAACAUUGCGUGCACAAGAUGUAAUUCCUUUUAAACACUAUUCAAUAUACUCAUUUACGUGAAACAAAUGUCAAUUUCAUUCUUCCCUUCUCAGUUGAUCAGAGUAGCUGCCCCACAUGCCGCUUACAAAGACCUUAUAAAAAGUCUCAACGCAGUACCACGUGUAAAUGUCCUGAUCGCCAAUGGCAUUUGGGUCAAUCCAAAUUAUCCAGUCAAAAUGCAGUAUCAAGUAAGCUUAUCAGUAUUUGUUGCUUAUAUGGUGUCUAAGAAAAUAAACUUUUUUCUUCAUUUUUUUGUUAUAAAUGAUAUUUUUCAUUCAAUAUGUGUUCCUUUUUUUUUAAAUAGUUACUUUUGUGUUGUUAAGUGUGACAUAAUUUUUCUCCCAUGUUUGUCCCAGAACGUGAUAGUGAGACAGUACUUUGCUGAGAUCGACACCAUCGACCUUACUGCUGCAGGCGGGCCCGAGACGCCAAUCAACUCAUUCGUCGCUGAAAAAACUUACAACAAAAUCCCGGAUAUGCUGGGACCGGACUCCAUCACGAACGACACCUCCAGCGUGUUGGUCAGUGUCCUGUUAUUCAACGCGACUUGGAACACCCCGUUCGACGAAAGUCUAACCACCAAGGGAGACUUCACCAGGGCGGACGGGCUCAACGUCCAGGUCGACCUCAUGCACCAGACGACCGACCUUGAAUUCAAGCAGUCGGCCGUUGAGAACGUCGACGUGGUGAGGCUGCCGUUCGCCAACCAGAGGUUGGCGUUUUUCGUGGCGCUGCCACAAACGAAUUCGGGGUUGUCCGCUCUUGAAACCAUGAUGGCCUCAGAAAACACAGACAUCGAUGUUUUAUUCACGGGGAUGUCAAAGGUCAAGGUUCAUCUCUAUCUUCCCAGGUUUCGAAUUUUAGCUUCGAUGAGCUUGAAAAACGCAUUGUCGAAGAUGGGGAUGCCGAACGCGUUCCAACCCGUGGCCAAUUUCUCCGGCAUCUCCGUGGAGCCGUUGGUGAUCAGUGAUGUAUUUCAGAGAGCGGUAUUCGAAAUAAGAGAAUCAGGCACAGCUGCAGCGGCCGUGGCCUCAUCAAGUCUGAACGCGGUCACGUCACUUCACGUCACCGACCCUCCGAUUGUGGUUAGAGUGGACCACCAGUUUAUGUUUUUUGUAAGAGACGAUUUGUCAAACCAGAUUCUAUUCCAGGGCCAUGUGUCUGACCCGAGCGUAAGUAACCUUGACAUUCAAUAGUUCUCUGCAUUAAAAAAAAAUGAUCCUUAGGAAAGUCUGAAAAAAGAGGGGGGUGGGUAAUUUUAAUGGUUUGUUAACAGCUACCGGGAACACCAACCUAUUGAAACCACUGAGUAUGUGCCAAAAUGACGUGUACAAGAAAAGACGCAUGAUUACGAUAGAUGUCAAGUCACUAGUAAUCACUCCAUGUUGAGUUCGUUUAACUGUUGCACUGACCAGAUGCACUAUUUAGAGGAAAAAACCUAUAGCAAAAUAGGAAUGCACCGUUAAACUAACACAUUUUUUUUAAAAAUAACUUAUUAGCUUUCAUUAUCACCAAGACUUUCCUUUUGACAUGACUCGGGGCAAUUUACAUUCGUUUGCCGACCACCAAGAUUUGUGCUGGUGACGUUCCUGGUUACAAUUGUGUACAUAUGAUAUCUUCAUUACAUGUUUUAAUCUUUUAAUUUUCACAAAACUUGACUUGAUGUAAUUUAUUAAAUAGUUUCUGAUUAAUUAAAUUGGAUACAAAAUUAAAUGUAUUCUUACGA